CUAAAGCGGCGAGGAGCAGACGAGCGGCAUCACUCGAGCCCAGGUCCCGGCCACCGCCACACACGGCGCCCAGCGUUCAGUAGGAGGAGCAGCAGCUGAGGCGGCUGCCACAGCGGCGGGCGGGCGCCAGAAAGGCCCCGGUCGAAAAGCCUGGGAGGGCCGCCGACCUACCCCCGGAGGAGGAGCCAGUCGGAGCCCAAGGCGCCACCGCCGCCGAAGCCGCGCGGAGCAGCUUUCGCCUUCAUGGCCCACUCACCGGUGGCGGUCCAAGUGCCCGGGAUGCAGAAUAAUAUAGCCGAUCCAGAAGAACUGUUCACAAAAUUAGAACGCAUUGGAAAAGGCUCCUUUGGAGAAGUUUUCAAAGGUAUUGAUAACCGUACCCAGCAAGUGGUUGCUAUUAAAAUCAUAGACCUCGAGGAAGCCGAAGAUGAAAUUGAAGACAUUCAGCAAGAAAUAACUGUUUUGAGUCAGUGUGACAGCUCAUAUGUAACAAAAUACUAUGGAUCAUAUUUAAAGGGUUCAAAAUUAUGGAUAAUAAUGGAAUACCUGGGUGGCGGUUCAGCACUGGAUCUUCUGAGAGCUGGUCCAUUUGAUGAGUUCCAGAUUGCUACCAUGCUAAAGGAAAUUUUGAAAGGUCUGGACUACCUGCAUUCAGAAAAGAAAAUUCACCGAGACAUAAAAGCUGCCAAUGUCUUGCUCUCAGAACAAGGAGAUGUGAAACUUGCUGACUUUGGAGUUGCUGGCCAACUGACAGAUACACAAAUUAAAAGAAAUACCUUUGUGGGAACACCAUUUUGGAUGGCUCCUGAAGUUAUCCAGCAGUCAGCUUAUGACUCAAAAGCUGACAUUUGGUCACUGGGAAUUACUGCUAUUGAACUAGCCAAGGGAGAGCCACCUAACUCCGAUAUGCAUCCUAUGAGAGUUCUGUUUCUUAUUCCAAAAAACAAUCCUCCAACUCUUGUCGGAGACUUUACUAAAUCCUUUAAGGAGUUUAUUGAUGCUUGCCUGAACAAAGAUCCAUCAUUUCGUCCUACAGCUAAAGAACUUCUGAAACAUAAAUUCAUUGUAAAAAAUUCAAAGAAGACUUCUUAUCUGACUGAACUGAUAGAUCGAUUUAAGAGAUGGAAGGCAGAAGGACACAGUGAUGACGAAUCUGAUUCUGAGGGCUCUGAUUCGGAAUCCACCAGCAGGGAAAAUAACACUCAUCCUGAAUGGAGCUUUACCACUGUGCGAAAGAAGCCUGAUCCAAAGAAACUACAGAAUGGGGCAGAGCAAGAUCUUGUACAAACCCUGAGCUGUUUGUCUAUGAUAAUCACACCUGCGUUUGCUGAACUUAAACAGCAGGAUGAGAAUAAUGCUAGCAGGAAUCAGGCAAUCGAAGAACUGGAGAAAAGUAUUGCUGUGGCUGAAGCUGCCUGUCCUGGCAUCACAGAUAAAAUGGUGAAGAAAUUAAUUGAAAAAUUUCAAAAGUGUUCAGCAGAUGAAUCCCCCUAAGAAACUUCUUGUUAGUGGCUUCUAUUUCAUAUGGACCCAGAGAAACCCACCAAAGCUACUUCAAGCUUAACAAUGCUUAACUCAUGAGCUCCACGUGCCUUUUGGAUCUUUGCGACAUUGAAGAUUUGGAAGAAGCUAUUCAACUAUUUUGUGAUGGUGUUUAUCAUUUUAUAUUUUAAAGAGAUUAUUUUGUAAGGAAUAACUUUUAAUACUAUAGUUUCACCUGUAUUCUAGUAAAUGUUGAGAUACAGUUUUGCUUUUAGGUAUCAUUAUUACUUAAGUUACUA